AUGGUGGAACCAAUUGACACGCAAGAGCUGGUCGAACAAGUCAAGCGACUGUCCGAAAACCAAGCUCAACUAAUCCAAACGAUAAGUUCUUUAAAGGGCAAAGAGAAAGACCCAUUCUUUAGCUACACUACACCUGACCCGAUCAGGAAUAUUCCAAAUUUUAGCGGUAAUAAGAAGGAAGUCUUAGCCUGGGUGCAAGACACCGAACAAACGCUACAACUUUUUGAACAAUACAAAAAUGAUAUAUGUUAUGGACAAAUAGUCCGUAGUGUAAAAAAUAAAAUCACGGGAGAAGCAAGAGAAAUCUUGAUAGCUUCCGGUAAACCCACAACGUGGGAGGAAAUUAAAGAAGCGCUGCUUACUGCGUACGAUGACCGUCGCGAUAUAACAAGUUAUAUCCAGUCACUCUUUUAUGUCAAGCAGAGAAAGAAAAAUUUGUCUGAAUACUAUAAUAAAAUCCGAGCAAUAGAUACUGCUAUUAAAUCAGCAGCCGCCAAUAUGGACGACUACAAAUCAUCCACAAAAGCAAUCAAUUCUUUCAUAAACCUCAUAACACUAACACGGUUCAUUGACGGGUUGAACGAAGAAAUAUCAAUGCACGUGAGAAGUUGCAGACCUGAAACAUUAGAACAUGCUUUCGAAAUUACGCAACAGUACUCUAAUGCGGCAUAUAGAUUUAGACUCGACAAAAAAGCACAUAAUCCGACACCUUAUUCCACUCAACAGAAUAGCGGACAAAAUAAAUACACAAAACUGAAUGCAGGGAAUUCUAACCCACGUCAGCACGAUAAGACCCCAUCGGGUAAAUUUAAAAACCGUUCACAAAAUGACGAGGACAUAUCUAUGCGGACUCAUGUUUCCAAAAUGCAUAUUAACAACCACGGACAAAAACAAAUAGACACGGAACUCGACUCCGAUGACGAACUAGAACAAGAAUGCCAUAACAAAAACACAAGAGACACUACGCUCGAUUCCGAAGACGACGAAUAUUUAAUUUCAGAAGAGAUAAAUUUUCAGCUUGCCCGAGAAAGAAAUCAAAACAAAUACACAAAUAAAAGCAAUUCCUCAAAUUUGAUAACCUUCCCUGCUGAUGAAAAUGCUACUAUGGACACCACUACAAUGCCAGCUGCCACUACAGUCACUACUGAACACACCACCAAAGAGCUUACACCACACGGACCACAAUCAGUCGUUACCCGCAGCAACAAUGCAAACCCAUUACCACCGCCUGUCGUCACCGCUAUUACAACCAACUUUGCAAGUGCUAAUACAAACUUUUCGACACCGAUUCCUGCGAUAUCAAACGCCACCUCCAUCAAUUCUGAUUCAUUCUUACCACCAAGUACCACUGCCAAUGCCACCAUCACCUUCACAAAUUCGAUUAGUACGUGCAACACUGAUACCCCCUUUGGAAAUGCUGUCACACCGGUAUUAAAUUGGGCCGCUCCAUCAGUCGCUGUUAGUAAAUCAUAUGAGUAUGCAGCCGAUGCACCGAACAUCCACACGAAUUUUAUUCCACCACAACGUAUUAUUGCAUCUCAAUCUAAUAACCUGAUCAACAAUGCAGCGCACACUACGAUACCAAUAGGCCCCACUCAGUUCCAAAUAGUUGAUACUAGUCGCAAACAGGUCAACUGCAUUGUACCUCCCCUGACACCUAUUAUAAAAAACACAGGCUUAGCCAAUACCCAAAGCACCACCCUUCUGGUAGCUUCUUCUGCACCUCAGACUCUUAGCAGCAUAAACAAUAGAAAUUGGUACUAUCUUACCAAAUUUUUACCGAAAAGUCAAACCCGAAAACAAAAAGUGUGUCACUACUGUAAGAAAGAAGGUCAUUUUCGACGCGAUUGCAGAAAGUUAUGUCAAGAUCGACAACAAAAGGAAAAGGAAUGUGAUCAGAGAUGCCAGAUAUUUUCAUAGAAAAUCUGUAUUGAUUCGUAUAAAAUAUCUGUAUUUAUCUGUAU